ACAUGAUGUGGGUGAUAAACAACAACAGCUAUCAGCUGUAAGCGUUGAUAAGAGGAGAGUAUAAAAGUGAUUUAUCAGAGGAUGGUAACACAGCUCUUUACGUCGUCACGGUAACCGGAGCAGCAGACGUUUUGGCACGAGACAGAGAGAUUGUUUCCUGUAGUUUGUGUCGUGAGUUUUGUAGAGGAGAAAAUGAGCAUCAAUAGAAAUGCAACCGCAGAUUUAUACAGGGAAUGCGUCGCCCGGGACGUCGAGGAAAACGAAACUACACCUUUAUUAGCAAAUGGACCAGUGCAGAGCAGAUCUAAAGGAGCAUCGUUCGCCUCCUCUGUGUUUAACCUGAUGAAUGCCAUCAUGGGAAGCGGUAUACUCGGUCUAGCUUAUUCUAUGGCCAACACUGGAAUAGCUGGGUUUUGUAUCCUGUUAGUGUUAGUGGCCGGCCUGGCUGCGUUCUCUAUACAUCUCCUUCUGAAGCUAUGUGACCAAACAGGUAUCAAUUCAUACGAAGAGGUCGGAGAGAAAGCCUUGCAAAAACCAGGAAAAGUUCUGGUUGGAAUUUCUAUUCUUGUCCAAAACAUUGGUGCCAUGUCAUCCUAUUUGUUCAUCCUGAAGUCAGAGCUUCCUGCAGCCAUCAACAGCUUCGUGAGCUCACACAGCGAAGGAUAUACCUGGUAUGAAGACGGCAGGUUGCUUCUGAUCCUUGCCACACUAUGUGUUGUUCUACCCCUGGCAAUGUUGCCUAAAAUUGGCUUCCUGGGCUACACCAGUAGCAUUGCCUUUUGCUUCAUGCUGUACUUCGCAAUUGUGGUUGUGAUCAAGAAGUGGUCCAUCCCCUGCCCACUGCCUCAAAAUAUGACAAUCUCAGCUGCCGUCCAGCUAUCAAAUUCCUCUGACGCAGAAUGCACACCCAAACUCUUUAUCAUCACCAGUAAGAGUGGCUACGCCAUCCCCACCAUGGCCUUCUCCUUCCUGUGCCACACGGCUAUCCUGCCAAUCUACUGUGAACUGGACCAACCUUCAAAGUCCAAGAUGCAGAACAUUACAAAUGUCAGUAUUAGCCUCAGCUUCCUGGUUUACCUCGUUUCUGCGCUGUUUGGGUACCUCACCUUCUACGCUCACGUGGACUCUGAGCUGCUGCUUGGCUACGACAAGAUUAUGCCUCAUGACAUCAUGGUGACGGUGGUUCGACUGGCCAUCCUGUUCUCCGUGUUGCUGACUGUACCCCUCAUCCUCUUCCCUGCCCGUAAGGCUGCGACCCUGCUGCUGUUUGGAGGCCGACCCUUCACCUGGCUGGUCCACAUCACUUCAACAGUAAUCAUCCUGAGUGCGGUGCUGCUGCUGGCCAUCUUUGUGCCUGAUAUCAGUCAUGUGUUUGGAGUAGUGGGAUCCACAACCUCCACCUGCCUGAUGUUUGUUUUCCCCGGCAUUUUCUACCUCAAGAUCAACAGAGGACCCCUCAGAUCCUUCAACUCCAUUGGGGCUGUGCUUCUGGUCAUCUUUGGUCUCAUUAUGGGAAUCCUCAGCCUCUCUACCAUUGCUUACACAUGGGCUCGUGCCUUCUAACCCCUUUCCCAAAUUAAGCACAACAGCAACGAAAGGGGAAAGCGUGCCAAAGAAACUAAAUAAAAACUGGAUUAAAAAAAAGGGAAGAGAGAUGAUAAUCAGCAUCACCUCAGGCAAAGUAUUUAUGGCAAAGUUGUUCUCAACACUAGACUCGUAUGUGUUUUUGUACUUUCUUACAAACAUAGCUCAAACUCAGCACAUACGAGCUAAAUGAAGUGAGGACUUUAAAUAUUCUACCCGCUGAUUUUUUUAUUUUUAUGUCUUUUUACGAGAUGACUUUCAGACAAUAACCAGGGCAAAUCUUUACUUUUUUAGUAUACCUGGCACAAAAGAUUUAUUGUGUCAGAAUGCCACAAAAAAGUGUGAAGUAAGUUGCCCAUUAUCUUUAAGUUCAUUGUAUGUACUUUAUUUUUAUUUUUAUUUUCUUAAAGCCCUUGUAUUGUUGUAUGUGGAUGAUCAUGCACCUUAUGUAUACCAGUCUUCUAGCAUUUUAAAAUGCUUUUGACUAAGUCUGAGCCGUAAAUUUGUCACGUUUACCGUUUUUUGAUAUUUUGUUUAUAGAAUUUUUUCAGUUGUACAUGCACAAUCACUUGUUUUCAUUAAUUGUUGUUUACACAUAUAACACAGUUUAUUUACCACUUUGUUGUUUGGGAUUUUUUCUUUUAAACCUGUUUAUAUUGUUUAUUAAGUGUACUGAAUGUACGGACCUCAGGUAGUGUUACUGCUGCUACUGAUCGGUGCUUUGGCCUUUUAAUAAAAGGGAAACUGUUUAUGUACUGACAUGUCAGUUUGCUCAUUCAACCACCAACCUGUCGUUAUUAGUGCUGUGGAAAGCUCAUCAGUCUAACAUGUCACAUUUAUGGCUGUGCGUUUGAUUGGCAGGCACAGUAUUGACGCUGAGACCUGCUCCUCAGCGCUGUGCUGUGGGUUCAGCCUGCAGCUAAUGAAAGCCACAUGCUCGGUACGUUUCUAAUCAUGAUGCUGUUUAGAUUGUCUUCAUGCUGCCUCUGGAACCUACAGCCACUCGACUGCUGCUUUUAAUCUAAGGAAUUAGGCGGACUGGCCCCGCAGUCCCUACAGAAAGCAGUGGCUGCCCGCUCUUCACGCCCCCUUAAAGUGGUUCCCCAGUCCAGGAAACAUGCCAUGCCUCUAUCCUCUAUUCUGAAGGACAAUCCCAUGACAAAAGUGCACCACAGUCACUUGCAACACUGAAUGUAUAUUUGGUGGUUGGUGGUAGUAAAAGUACGAAUACAACAAUGUAAAAAUGACAAGCCCUGCAUUCAAACUCUUACUUAAGUAAAAGUACUCGUGCAGAAAACUGUCUAUCUGCUAUAUUUUCAUAUAUGGCAUUAUUAGAUUGUUAAUACUACAACAAUGUGCAUGUUUCUCUUGUAGCUGGUCAAAGUGUAGUUGGGCCACAGCGUAAAAAUACAUAGACAUCUGAAACUGACAAGGGGUCACAAGCUAAAGAGGUUGAAAA